AUGGAAAAUAAAAACAUUUCAUGGGUUCUUCGCGAUGGUGAUAUCCAAGCGACUGAAAGAAUACGACGUUUGCCAAAGUUAAAUGAAGUAGAAAUUGCAAUCAGAGCCACUGGAAUUUGUGGUUCUGAUGUUCAUUUUUGGCUUGAAGGCCGAAUCGGCAAAUUCGUUGUCAAGGAGCCACUGGUCCUUGGUCACGAGUCUUGCGGAAUUGUAACAAAUGUCGGUGAAAAUUGCGCGACGUUAAAAGUUGGAGAUCGAGUCGCAAUCGAACCCGGAGUGCCUUGUUACAUUUGCAAUUAUUGCAAGAGUGGAAAAUACAAUUUAUGCAGAGAUAUGAAAUUCGCGGCAACACCACCUUGUGAUGGUACCCUCUGUCAAUAUUAUUAUUGUCCCGAAGAUUUUUGUGUUAAAUUGCCGCCGAAAUUCCCUUCGCUCGAACAGGGAGCAUUAAUUGAGCCACUGUCGGUUGGAAUUCACGCGU